AUGGCCUUUCAAAAGUGUUUAGAGGACGGGCCCAUACAGGAAGUGGACUUGCACAUACAGGACAUACAGGAAGUUGACGUGGAUCCGGCGGGACGCGAGGCGGACGACAGCAGCAGCAGCGACGACGAUGACUCGAGUGACACGAGCGUCCUGGUGGUGCCGCACCCGGAGCUGGUCCCUGUGGUCUUCUUCUGUAUGAAACAGACCACGUGUCCACGAAGUCUCUGCAUCAGGAUGGUCUGCAGCCCUUGGUUCGAGCGCGUCAGUAUGAUGGUGAUCCUCCUCAACUGUGUCACUCUGGGAAUGUACCAGCCGUGUGAGAACAUCGACUGCUCCUCCGACCGCUGCCAGAUACUACAGAAACAACUUCUAGCUGCUGACCACUUGCAAGUUGUGUCCGAGCAAUUGUUUAAAGUUGCUCAGUGUAUUCCAUCAAAAGUGGGCUGGCUUAUAACAAACAUCACAUGUAUCCUGAAGAAUUCCUCUGAGCCAGGCCUAGAGAUCCCAGGACCCAACAUCAGCGCACACGCGAACAGCAUACCACGUAUGAUCACAAAGCUCCGACUACACAAGACGACCACGGAGCAGACAGAGCAGAAGACAGCAGAACGAGACAUAGAUAGCGAGCCACAAGCAGACAACACCACAGGACGACCAGCAGCACACAGCACGAACUGGAGCAGACGCAGCAGACGGAAGCGCACACGCAAGCACGACACGACGACGCACACCGGACAAGCAGACUCAAGAGACGACAGCGAAUCAGACUACAGUCGAAGCAGACGCACAGCGAGCAGAGCGCUAACGGAGCAGACAGAGCAGACCAGGAGCAGGCAGAGCAGAAACAGGCACACGGCAAGCGAACACACACAGCGACAGCGGACGCAACGGAGAGACAGAGCAGACAGACAAACAGCGGCACAACAAGACAAGCACAAGCCACAAGAGCUACAGUGCACACAAAUCGGACAGCCAAACCGCAGACGCACAGCACACACGCCGCAACCCGAGAAGCACACCGACACCACAACGAUGGUGGAAUACUCCCUGGAUUUACAGAACAUCAACUUCACCGCCAUCAGGACAGUGCGGGUACUGCGUCCUCUCAAAGCCAUCAACAGAGUCCCCAGCAUGCGUAUCCUGGUGAACCUGCUCCUGGACACUCUCCCCAUGUUGGGAAACGUUCUCCUCCUCUGCUUCUUCGUCUUCUUCAUCUUCGGCAUCAUCGGCGUGCAGCUGUGGGCGGGGCUUCUGAGGAACAGGUGUUACCCCGAGCACAACUUCACCCUCUCCUCGGGCCUCUCCCUGCCAAAGCCGUACUACAUGGCGGACGAGGAUGACGAGCGCCCCUUCAUCUGCUCUCUGCCCUGGGACAACGGCAUCAUGUCGUGCGGGGACGUGCCGGCGCGCAGGGAGGGGGGACGCACCUGCUGCCUGGACAAGGACGACGCCCUCUACAGGCAGAGUCUGGGCCUGGCCGUGGAGCCUCUGACCAACGGCAGCGUGAGCGUGGCCGGACUCUGCGUCAACUGGAACCAGUACUACACCCGCUGUGGGACGGGGCACAGGAACCCGCACAAAGGAGCCAUCAACUUCGACAACAUCGCCUACGCCUGGAUCGUCAUAUUCCAGGUGAUCACUCUGGAGGGCUGGGUGGAGAUCAUGUACUACGUGAUGGACGCUCACUCCUUCUACAACUUCAUCUACUUCAUCCUCCUCAUCAUCGUGGGCUCGUUCUUCAUGAUAAACCUGUGCCUGGUCGUCAUAGCGACGCAGUUCUCGGAGACGAAGCAGCGCGAGCACCAGCUGAUGCAGGAGCAGCGGGCGCGGUGCUCGUCCAUGUCCACGCUGGCGUCCGAACCCGGCGACUGCUACGAGGAGCUGUUCCAGCUCGUGUGCCACAUGCUCCGAAAGCUGCGGCGCCAGGCGGUGAACUCCAUCUACGCCCUCCGAGGAAAACCACGAGGGUUCAGGGGGGCGGGCAGGGGCCGAGCGGAGGAGCCCCGAGAGAGGAGGGUGAACGGGAGAGGAGGGAGGGAGAAGAGGCCCCGGAACAGACACGCUCUUCCGUGUCCUCACCACUCCAAAGCCGACGGCGCCGAGUCCGAGCCGUGCCCCCAGUGCUCCCGGGCCCCGUGCGACGGGGCGGGGCCUAAGCCCGAGGAGAAGGAGGGGGAGGAGUCAGACGGAGCGCAGGACCACGGGAAGUGCACUGCAGAUCUGUGGUUCGACACCAGGAUGAAGCUGUGGGCCAUCGUGGAGAGCAAGUACUUCAACCGCGGAAUCAUGAUCGCCAUCCUGAUCAACACCAUCAGCAUGGGAAUCGAGCACCACCAGCAGAUGUGGCUCUUCUCGUCGUGCUGUGUAACACUGAGCUCGACAUCACCGCUUCAUCACAUCGUACUCGUCCUUCGUUCGACCGUGGAGAUGCCGAGACGACUCUUACAACUAAUGGAGCAGGAGGAUGAAGAGGAACAAGAAGCUGUAGUGGCGGUGUUCGCUCAGAACCGUGUCCAGGAAGAGAGAGAAGGCAGAGGUGGACUGCCUCGUCCUCGGCCUGGAGACCUGCUGUGGCUCCUGCUCCUGCUGCAGUCUCCGGUCUCUUCCUCGUCCUCUUGUCCUUUGCCUUCCCUUGGGCGGCAUCUCAUGGGUGAAAACUUUGUGUGUACAGUACUGCUGCUACGACUCUUGUGCCUGCACGGGCAUCGCAUCAGCUUUUGUACAGGUCUCGCGAUCCUGGCAGCUCAUACGAGGCACGUGACCCGUAGGAACGACGCAGUUGACCCGUCUGGGACCCGUGCCUGGGACGCAGGAAUUCAGGGUAUAAAAACCGAGCAGAGCAGUGAGGACAUCCCGAGACUAGAGGCAGAUAAACUUCUGUCUGUCUUUAUUGAAGCAACUGUGCCGAGCUUUGGCCCUCCUCCUUCAAUCAGGCCGAAGUCCCAUCCAUACCGCACCUGGACACGGUUCGACUGCAUUCACACUGGACAAACGAACCGCUGGACAAACGAACCGCUGGACAAACGAACCGCUGGACAAACGAACCGCUGGACAAACGAACCGCUGGACAAACGAACCGCUGGACAAACGAACCGCUGGACAAACGAACCGCUGGACAAACGAACCGCUGGGCAAACGAACCGCUGGACAAACGAACCGCUGGACAAACGAGCCGCUCUUCAGGGUGUUUGUGAGAUCGUGGGACAGUCGGACGGAGGUCUCUCGGUUCUUCGUACGUUCCGUCUCCUGCGCGUCCUGAAGCUGGUGCGGUUCAUGCCCGCCCUCCGCCGGCAGCUCGUGGUCCUGAUGAAGACCAUGGACAACGUGGCCACCUUCUGUAUGCUCCUCAUGCUCUUCAUCUUCAUCUUCAGUAUUCUUGGGAUGCACAUCUUCGGCUGUAAGUUCAGUUUGAAGACGGAGACCGGAGACACUGUUCCCGACCGCAAAAACUUCGACUCUCUGCUGUGGGCCAUCGUCACUGUGUUUCAGAUCCUGACUCAGGAGGACUGGAACGUGGUCUUGUACAACGGGAUGGCCGCCACGUCGCCUCUGGCCGCUCUGUACUUCGUGGCCCUCAUGACGUUCGGGAACUACGUCCUGUUUAAUCUGCUGGUGGCCAUUCUGGUGGAGGGCUUCCAGGCCGAGGGAGAUGCAAACCGCUCGUACUCUGAGGACGACCACUCCUCCUCCAACUUCGACGAGAGCGAGAAACGUGACUCUAUAAAACUCUCAGACCCGAGGAUUUGCACUUUGACCCCGAACGGUCACCUGGAGCUGGGCUCACGAGGCUCACGAGGCUCCUACAGCUCCGACCGACGCAGCUGCGGAGAGUCCAGGAAGUCCAGCAUCCUGAGCAAAGGCAGCCUGGAGAGGAGGUCCCUGGAGAGGAGGUCCCUGGAGAGGAGGUCCCUGGAGAGGAGGUCCCUGUCUCUGCGUCACGGCCGCAGUUCCAACUACCACAACUGGGGGCGCCCUUUACCUCCACACACCGGGUGGAGCCGAAGGUCGAGCUCCAACAGUCUGGGCAGGAGGAGUUAUGGUCUGGUGGGGGGCAGCCUGCGCAUCCACAGCAGCCGCUCCCCGCACCCCUUCCCCUUCGCCCCGGAGCAAGAGUCCCUCCUGUCCCACCCGGCCUUACCCCACCACAACACCUACCACCACCCCCACUCUGGCCAGCCCCCGCCCCCUCCGCUCGCCCGCAACUACGGCACCAGGCGGGACCGGCGGGCGCUGUCCCUGGAGCUGCCCGAGAACCUGCUGAGAAACGCCAACGUGGGCAACGCGGCCAACGUGGCGAACGCUCCUCCUCCUCCGGUCGGACUCGCCCACGGCCCGCAGGACUCGGGGCGGAGGAGCGGCGGGUCGGGGGCGGGGUCGGUCACGGGGGGGUCGGUGUUGGGGUACGGGGCGGAUCACAGGGACUGUAACGGGAAAGCGCCGCACACGACGCUCAUCGCCGACGUUUAUCCUCAAGUGAACGCUCGCAAAGACCGAGCCGACCUGGACGAAGAGACGGACUACAGCAUCUGUUUCCGGGUGCAGAAGAUGAUGGAGGCGUACAAACCCGACUGGUGCGAGAGCCGAGAGGACUGGUCUGUUUACCUCUUCUCCCCACACAACAAGUUCCGGGGGCUGUGUCAGUCCAUCAUCGCUCACAAACUCUUCGAUUACGUGGUGCUGGUUUUCAUCUUCUUGAACUGCAUCACCGUCGCUCUGGAGAGGCCCCGGAUCCUGCAGGGAAGUCUGGAGCGUCUCUUUCUGACCAUCUCCAACUACAUCUUCACCGCCAUCUUUGUCGCUGAGAUGACCCUCAAGGUGGUGUCCAUGGGUCUGUACCUGGGGGAGAAGGCGUACCUCCGCAGCAGCUGGAACAUCCUGGACGGGUUCCUGGUGUUUGUGUCGCUCAUCGACAUCGUGGUGUCCAUGGCCGGAGGAGCCAAGAUCCUGGGAGUCCUGCGUGUGCUCCGACUGCUCCGGACGCUCCGCCCACUCAGGGUUAUCAGUCGAGCUCCGGGUCUGAAGUUGGUCGUAGAGACUCUGAUCACGUCUCUCAAACCCAUCGGAAACAUCGUCCUGAUCUGCUGCGCCUUCUUCAUCAUCUUCGGCAUCCUCGGAGUCCAGCUUUUCAAAGGAAAGUUCUACUACUGCGUGGGUCUCGACGUCAAAAACAUCACAAAUAAAUCCGACUGUCUGGCGGCGAGUUACCGAUGGGUGCAUCACAAGUACAAUUUUGACAAUCUGGGACAGGCUCUCAUGUCUCUGUUCGUUUUGGCGUCUAAAGACGGUUGGGUGAACAUCAUGUACCACGGCCUGGACGCGGUGGGCAUCGACCAACAGCCGGUGACCAACCAAAACCCGUGGAUGCUGCUGUACUUCAUCUCGUUCCUCCUCAUCGUCAGCUUCUUCGUGCUGAACAUGUUCGUGGGAGUGGUGGUGGAGAACUUCCACAAGUGCAGACAGCAUCAGGAGGUGGAGGAGGCGCGGAGGAGAGAGGAGAAGAGGCAGAAGAGGCUCGAGAAGAAGAGACGCAAAGCUCAGAAGACUCCGUACUACGCGUCGUACGGCCCGGCCCGGCUCUCCAUCCACUCCCUGUGCACCAGCCACUACCUCGACCUCGUCAUCACCUUCAUCAUCUGCAUCAACGUCAUCACCAUGUCCCUGGAGCACUACAGCCAGCCUCUGUCCCUGGAGACGGCGCUCAAAUACUGCAACUACUUCUUCACGUCCACGUUUGUGAUCGAGGCGUCGCUCAAACUCGUGGCGUUCGGCUUCAGACGGUUCUUCAAAGACAGGUGGAACCAGCUGGACCUGGCCAUCGUGCUGCUGUCCGUCAUGGGCAUCACCCUGGAGGAGAUCGAGAUCAACGCGUCUCUGCCCAUCAACCCAACCAUCAUCAGGAUCAUGAGAGUCCUGAGGAUCGCACGAGUGCUGAAGCUGCUGAAGAUGGCCACAGGGAUGAGAGCUCUGCUGGACACUGUGGUACAAGCUCUGCCUCAGGUGGGGAACCUGGGCCUGCUCUUCAUGCUUCUCUUCUUCAUCUACGCGGCUCUGGGGGUGGAGCUGUUCGGGGAGCUCGUGUGUAACGCCGAUUACCCGUGCGAGGGCAUGAGUCGCCACGCCACCUUCGAGAACUUCGGGAUGGCCUUCCUCACUCUGUUCCAGGUGUCCACCGGAGACAACUGGAACGGCAUCAUGAAGGACACGUUGCGGGAGUGUCCUCCUGACGGUCCUGGUUCAGAUUACGGUUGUCACGCGGGCCUUCAGUUCAUCUCUCCUCUGUACUUCGUGUCGUUCGUGCUCACGGCUCAGUUCGUGCUCAUAAACGUGGUGGUGGCGGUUCUCAUGAAGCACCUGGACGACUCCAACAAAGAGGCGCAGGAGGACGCCGAGAUGGACGCCGAGAUCGAGCUGGAGCUGGCGCAGGGGGGCCUCUGCUGCAUGAUGGGAAACAUCGGGGCCAUCGCCGGGGCCACGGCCGCGGCGGGGGGGGCGGUGGCGGGCGGGGCCGCGGGGGGGCUGGGAGGGGCCGGCGGAGGAGCCCUGCCCGUCGCGGCGACCGUGGGACCGCCGGGGGGGGGCGCCGGAGCCGGAGGAGGACACGAAGGACUCGCACUUCAUCAUCAUCAUCAUCAUCAUCAUCGGUGUCGCCUGUACUCACCUGCACAGGAGAGUCAGUGGCUGGACAGCGUCUCUCUGCUCAUAAAAGACUCUCUGGAGGGAGACCUGAUCGAUAACCUCUCAGGCUCCGUGUUCCACAGCUACAGCUCGGCCCCCGUGAGCGCAGACUGCAGAGGCCCCCAGGAAGUCCGGUUGGCCGAGGUGGAGCAGGCGUCGCUCACGUCUGAACAGCUCUCAGACAAGUCUUCUUCUCCCGCUCUGCCCGACGACCUGAGCCUGGACGACAGCUCCAGCCUGCAGCUCCUCCACAGGCACAACAAGAGAGGCAGCAGUGACUCUCAGAGCUCAGACGAGCGUCCAGGACAGAGGACCUUCUGUGGUCUACGGUCCAACUCCGGCAGCUCAGACGAGGGAGUCCAGACCAGAGACUUAAUCCAGACCAGAGACCAGCCCGGAGACUCGGUCCAGGCCCGGGUGGAGAGGAGGAUCUCGGGGGACUCAGAGAGGGGCACACAAACCACAGACAGUCCAGAGACGUGCAGAGAAUACGUCGUCCUUGGACAUGGACCUGCCCCAGGACCGGCCCCCGAGUCCCGCACCCCCCACGGACCUGCCCCAGGACCAGACCCAGGACCGGCCCCCGAGCCUGGCCUGAGGGAGCAACACGGACCCCCUCUGCUCAAGAGACGCACCACUCUACAGGCCACCAGGGGGCACCAGCGCAGCCAGAGCAGCGGUGGAGGCCGGCAGGACUCAGCGGAGCCGUCAGAAGACGAGAGGUCACAGGUCACCGAGAGCGACCCCUCGCCUGACGCUCCCAACAGCCUCUCCCUGUCCUCUCUGCUCGCCCCCUGCUCCAUCGCGCCCCCUCUGGUCAAGAAAUGCAACAGCACGGGCUCUCUGGACCAGGCCCGGGCCAAAGACGCUCCGCCGGCCAACGCCUGGUCCCAGAGACGACCGGACGAGCACGACGAGCGCGACGAGAUCACAGACGCCAACUCCCGAAAGAAGAGAUGA